AUGUCAGACUCACCAAAAGCUCCAGAUGCACUCAAGAAAGCACCUCUUGAUAUCCCUCGCUUAGAGAUCCCUCGCUUAGAGAUCCCUCGCCCCGUAUUCCAACGCGAGACCACAUCUGGUCCCUCGGAAUGGCAGGCUUACACACCGAAGACUUCGCAUGGAUUUAUAGCCAUGCAUACCUCCACACCCGAGGACAUGCAUGAGAAUAGGAAUGCUGGAAAGCCUACAGCAGUCAAGGAUUACUUCUCAGUACCAAAACAGAAGCAUAAUCCUAUCCUUUCUCCUAACCCUGCGCCGUAUGAACCGCAUGGCUUCUUGCCACUUUGCUCCGUUGCGGCCGUUGAAGUAGAUGCGACCGAUUACUUCGGGCUAUCAGACAGGACUGCUAAAAGGGAUAACGGAGGUGCCAGCUGCGCUGCUCCAGGUAUGGCCAAGGAUGCCGAGUGUGGCAGUGCUCCGCAGUUUGAAGGCCACGCGCACACGAGCCGGCGUUCGCUGGGCGAGGUUGCGCAUCCCUCAGGAGAGCAGCAUGACGAGCGCGAUGUCGUGACGAAGCCAGACGAAGAACAAGAUAUCGAGGAAGAGCUCGAGAUGAAAUUGCGCGGUGGCAGUGGCGAGAAACUUUGCGAUGGAGACAAAGAGGCGGUCGAUCGUUCAUCUGCAGGGGAUGUGCCUGACCCAAAAGAUCAUAGACGAGAAAUCGAAGCUGACCCACCCAUCGCUUCAUCGCCCAUCGACAUGGCCCAAAAGUAUCAUACCAAAGAACGAGAUCCUAUUCCGGCGCUCAAUAGAGCGCUUGAGCAGAUCCCAGGAUACGACGAGAUCAAGCCAGUAUCCACAGAGAUGAGCGCUGCGAACAUGGACGAGACCACUCUUCCAGAAACCGAGAAACCAUCUCCAGUAAUCCGACGGAAACUCAGAAAGACCUGGAAGAGACUGGCGCCACUCGAAGGUCACACUGGAAGACUCUUUGACACGAUGCAGCAUACAGACAACAGAACACUCAUCGCAUUGAAGUCCGGCUUCACAGUCGACAUCGUGAAUGCCGACACCAAGAAAAUAUACGUUCGCAACGUUCCGCUUCGCAUGUUAUGGCAUUUCUGUGGCGUCUCCGUCCUCGAUCGCUUUAUACCAGACAGGGACGGGCGCCCUGAUCUGUUAAAGAUACCCGUUAAAGAAGCCGAGAAAUCUGGAGUCGCAAGAGUCAUGCGAUACAUGCGUCGCGCAUGUAAAGCAGUUAGCGUGCGGCCCACAGGUGAGCUGCGCGUACCACCCAGUCUGGCCGCCGGUAUCGAGACGAUCCGAGCCUGCCGUGUGUUCGGGCUGCACGCAGACGCCGAUCGGAUCGAAGAUGUAAUUAUAGACGAGUGGAUAGGCAACGAAGCUUGGUAUAUGACCGACGAGCAUGUUGAGCUGAUCUGGGAUGGCUAUCACGGUAGUCUUCGCGACACCGUUUUCGGGGAUGUGAUAGUCUGGUUUAUAUUGACAGAAGUCCAAGAUAAGUCGCAUCCUCUCGCCGAGGAGAUAAGGUGGAUGCUUGACCAAGACGAUUACGAGACCUUGAAGGCAAAGGUUACGGAGGAGGUGCAAAGGAAGAUAUGGCGACUGGAGGAUCAUGAUCAGUUCUUGGCACGAUGCCAGUGGCAGCGGGCGGAACAGGUGCGGAAGGAGGAAGAGCGUGCUGAUCGGUUAUUGCGAGGUUAUAAUCAAGGCCCGCUUCCGAUGUCUAACGAAGAGCAGGCGGCCUUCCAUCAUGGAACCAGCGCAAAAGCUCUUGGUAUUGAGAUGAUGCAAGCGGGAUUGUGGGAUGGCACAGGCGUAGGGGCCCUUCAAGAUGUUCCAGUGCGAUCUCCUGAGCCUUCGAGAGCUGGAGCGGAUACGCCUCUUCCGAAUUCGCUUGAUAGGCAUUGA